AUGUUGCGGUACCAGUCAGGGAAUUCGCGCACAGUUGAUGGGUACCACGCAGGGAAGAUGGGUACCACGGAGGGAAGAUGGGUACCACGAAGGGGCGCGCAUGAUCUGACGGGUACCAUCGAGCCACGUAGCUUAGACUCCCACGCGCUCGAGGCGCUCUCAGCAUCAAGCCUCCCGCCCAACCCGGGAAAGUCCCCUCCCCGCCGUUUGCGAGCGCCUGCCUUUCACAUAGCGCAUGUCCGGUCGCCCUCAAUUCCCUUCCCGAGAACCCACAUUACCGGUCCCGUCGCCCACAAAUCCCUUCCCGUCGCCCUCGUUUCCCUUCCCGUCGCCCUCAUUACCCUUCCCGUCGCACUAAUUUCCCUUACCGUCGCACUCAUUUCCCACCCCGUCGCCCUCGUUUCCCUUCCCGUCGCACUAAUUUCCCUUCCCGUCGCACUCAUUUCCCUUCCCGUCGCCCUCGUUUCCCCUCUCGUCGCCCUCAUUUCCCCUCUCGUCGCCCACAUUUCCCUUCCCGUCGCCCUCAUUUCCCCUCUCAUCGCCCACAUUUCCCUUCCCGUCGCCCACAUUUCCCCUCUCGUCGCCCUCGUUUCCCUCCCCGUCGCCCACAUUUCGCUACCUGUCGCUCACAAUUCCCUUCAUCCUCCCUUCCUCUCAUCCGCCCUUCCUCUCGUCCGCCCUUCUCUCACAUCCUCUCUCCCUCUCAUCCGCCCCUCCUAUCGUCCUCAUUUCCACUCGUCCUCCCUACCCUUCUUUCGCCACACGCCCUCAUCCGCCCUCCCCCUCAUCCGCCCUCCCCCUCGUCCGCCCUCCCUCUCAUCCACCCUUCUUCUCGUCCUCCCUCCCCCUCAUCCGCCCUCCCCCUCAACCGCCCUUCAUCUCAUCCUCCCUUCUCUCAUCCAACCUUCCUCUCAUCCCCCCUUCCUCUCAUCCUCCUUUCCUCUCAUCCUCCUUUCCUCUCAUCCGCCCUUCCUCUCAUCCGCCCUUCCUCUCAUCCGCCCUUCACGCUCUCAUCCUCUCUCCUUCUCAUCGUCUCUCCCUCUCAUCCUCCUUACCCUCGUCCACCCUUCUUCUCGUCCUCCCUCCCCCUCAUCCGCCCUCCCCCUCAUCCGCCCUUCAUCUCAUCCUCCAUUCCCCUCAUCCGCCCUUCAUCUCAUCCUCUGUUCCCCUCGUCCUCCCCUCCUCUCAUCCUCCUUUCCUCUCAUCCUCCUUUCCUGUCAUCCUCCCAUCCCCACAUCCGCCCUUCCUCUCAUCCGCCCUUCACUCUCAUCCUCUCUCCUUCUCAUUCUCCCAUUCUCUCAUACUCCCUUUCUCUCAUCCUCCCUUCCUCUCCCCUUCCAUUCCACUCGUCCCCCCUUCCUCUCAUCCAACCUUUCCUCCCAUCCUCCUUUCCUCUCAUCCGCCCUUCCUCUCAUCCGCCCUUCACGCUCUCAUCCUCUCUCCUCCUCAUCGUCUCUCCCUCUCAUCCUCCUUUCUCUCAUCCACCCUUCUUCGCGUCCUCCCUCCCCCUCAUCCGCCACCCCCCUCAUCCGCCCUUCAUCUCAUCCUCCCUUCCCCACAACCGCCCUUCAUCUCAUCCUCUGUUCCCCUCGUCCUCCCUUCCUCUCAUCCCCCCCUCCUCUCAUCAUCCUUUCCUCUCAUCCUCCUUUCCUCUCAUCCGCCCUUCCUCUCAUCCGCCCUUCCUCUCAUCCGCCCUUCUCUUUCAUCCUCUCUCCUUCUCAUUCUCCCUUUCUCUCAUACUCCCUUUCUCUCACGCUCCCUUCCGCUCCCCUUCCAUUCCUCUCAUCCCUCCUUCCUCUCAUCCUCCUUUCCUCUCAUCCUCCUUUCCUCUCAUCCGCCCUUCCUCUCAACCGCCCUUCACGCUCUCAUCCUCUCUCCUUCUCAUCGUCUCUCCCUCUCAUCCUCCUUUCUCUCAUCCACCCUUCUUCUCGUCCUCCCUCCCCAUCAUCCGCCCUCCCCCACAACCGCCCUUCAUCUCAUCCUCUGUUCCCCUCGUCCUCCCUUCCUCUCAUCCCCCCCUACUCUCAUCAUCCUUUCCUCUCAUCCUCCUUUCCUCUCAUCCACCCUUCCUCUCAUCCACCCUUCCUCUCAUCCGCCCUUCCUCCCAUCCGCCCUUCCUCUCAUCCGCCCUUCUCUCUCAUCCGCCCUUCUUCUCAUUCUCCCUUUCUCUCAUCCUCCCUUCCUCUCCUCUUCCAUUCCUCUCAUCCCCCCUUCUUCUCGUCCUCCUUCCCUCUCAUCCCCCCUUCCUCUCAUCCUCCUUUCCUCUCAUCAUCCUUUCCUCUCAUCCUCCUUUCCUCUCAUCCGCCCUUCCUCUCAUCCGCCCUUCCUCUCAUCCGCCCUUCUCUUUCAUCCUCUCUCCUUCUCAUUCUCCCUUUCUCUCACGCUCCCUUCCGCUCCCCUUCCAUUCCUCUCAUCCCCCCUUCCUCUCAUCCUCCUUUCGACUCAUCCGCCCUUCCUCUCGUCCGCCCUUCACGCUCUCAUCCUCUCUCCUUCUCAUCGUCUCUCCCGCUCAUUCGCCCUUCCUCUAGUCCUCCCCUCAACUCGUUUUCCCUCCCCUUCUUCAGCCCCCCCCCCCCCCCCCUCAUCCGCCCUCCCUAUGCCGCGACUGCCGCCAACAUGGACGGCACCCCACCUCCAAGAGAGAUGGCAGAGGAGGAGUCACCACAAGCAGAGUCUCCCACAGCUGCCGGGCCAUCCCAAGGUUGUGGUGGUGGUGGUGGUGGUAGUGGUGGUGGGGGUGGUGGUGGUGGUAGUGGUGGUGGGGGUGGUGGUGGUGGUGGUGGUGGUGGUAGUGGUGGUGGGGGUGGUGGUGGUGGUAGUGGUGGUGGGGGUGGUGGGGGUGGUGGUGGUGGUGGUGGUGGUAGUGGUGGUGGUGGUGGUGGUGGUGGUAGUGGUGGUGGGGGUGGUGGUGGUGGUGGUGGUGGUGGUGGUAGUGGUGGUGGGGGUGGUGGUGGUGGUGGUGGUGGGGGUGGUGGGGGUGGUGGGGGUGGUGGUGGGAGGUGCAAGAAGAUCAAGCAGCUGGAGAUUGAGGCCACAGUGGCCGUGUUCUAA